UGAAAUUUAUUUGCAUCUGUGUCCUUCAGAGAUGAAGUUCAUUUGUUUGAUGCUGCUGAUUAUUAGUAGAAUUACAGGUUCAAAAUCAGAGCAGUAUGAAGUAGUGGGACCUGCAGAUCCUGUUCUUGCUGUAGCUGGUGAAGAUGUGAUUCUGCCCUGUUCAAUCAAACCCAGCUUCAGUGUUGUGGACAUGAGAGUGGAGUGGUCUAGAUCUGAUCUGAGAGGUUCACCAGUGCAUCUCUAUGAGAAUCAUGAAGACAGAAACACGGCACAGAUUCAGUCCUACAGAGGGAGAACAAAACUGAUCCAUCAAGAACUACAGAGAGGAAACGCAUCACUCAAACUCUCAGCAGUCCAAAUCUCUGAUGAAGGACGUUAUAAGUGUUUUAUUCAGUCCAAAUCCUGGUUUGAUGAUGCCAUUUUUGACGUCAGAGUUGAAGCUGUAGGAAGUCCUCCAGUGAUCACUGCAGAUGGGUUUGAUCGUUCAGGAGGGCUUCAUCUACAGUGUGAAUCUGAAGGUUGGUAUCCUGAACCUGAUCUUGAGUGGCUGGACAGUGAAGGAGUCAGUUUGAGUUCAGAAACAACAGAGACACACAGAAACACAGAUGGAUUCAGUGUCAAACACACCAUCAUUGUACAUCGCAGUAUCGACAAGAUUCACUGCAGAGUCAAAAUGAAGCAUCACGUGCAGGAGACUGAGGUUAUCAUCUUAAAUAAUAUGUUUUAUGAUUGGAGGACAUCAGUCAUCCUGAUUUCAGUUUUCGUUUUGCUCAUUGUGAUUGCUGGACUAUUGUUUGUUCAUAAAUACAGAGCACACAGACGUCUAAAGGAUAAGAAGAGCACAAUACAACAUGAACGUGAUCAACUUUUACAAAGUCAGAAGACGAUUAUACCAAAAGCUCUCACACAUUUAAGAACACAAAAGGUGAAUGUGAUUCUGGAUGCUGAUUCAGCUCAUCCACGUCUCAUCGUAUCUGAUGAUGGGAAACAAGUGGAACUUGGAAAUAAAUUGGAAAAAAAAAUGGAUGGAAAUGAAGAGCAAAAUGGCAGGUUUAAGGAAUAUCUUAGUGUCCUUGGCAAGGACAAAUUCUCCUCAGGUAGUUUUUACUAUGAGGUUCAGGUGAAGGAACAAACCAAGUGGUUUUUAGGAGUGGUCAGAGAAUCCAUUAACAGGAAGGGCUUUGGGAUUGGAAUGAAUCCUCAGAAUGGAUAUUGGACUGUGGGUCUGAGAUAUGGGAUUUAUUCGGCUUAUAAUGAUCCCCCUGUCCCUCUUUCUCUGACAGUGAAUCCUCAGAGGGUCGGAGUGUUUGUGGAUUAUGAUGAGGGUCUCGUCUCUUUUUAUGAUGUGGAGUCCAUGUCUCAUAUCUACACUUACACUGAUCAGUCUUUCACUGAGAAUCUUUGUCCAUUUUAUAGUUUGGGGUAUUGGAAUACAAACUCCACACCACUGAUUAUCUGUGAUGAUUAAUAAUGACUUCAGUGAAUAAAUUUAUGUGAAUGAUCAAUGAAAUGAAGGGAAAUACAGUAAAAAAGUGUAAAGUAAUAAAAAUCAGAUAUUAUUUACAUGGCAGUCAAAACUUUGGACACACAAGGCUGAUUUUAUGUUUCACGUGAUCUUUAAAAUGUAUUGAUCUAAAGACUUCUGCUUAAAUGACUGAAAUGAGUUUUGUAAACAUAUAAAUUGUGCCUAAACUGUUAAACCAUUCAGUGUAAAUUUGCAGUGAUUAACUGGCAGCAGAUUCACCUGCAAAUUACUGCUUUUUUAUUAUAAAUUUUUAUAUAAUUACAUAUAUAUUUACUGUAAAACCCUGUCCUUUAAAUUAUCUUUAAAAUGCUGGCAGCACAGUUGCACUAAAUUAAAACUCAUUUUAUUUGCAGAAACUGACUGCCUUAAAAUGGCCAUUUGUUAUUUAAGUUUAUAAAAAAAUAUAGUGUGCUAAUAAUGUGAGCGAAUUAAUACUGUGAGAUUAUUUCUUUUUUAAAUGACUGAGAGAAAUUGCUAAAGUGAACUGAAUUAAACAAAAUUAUGAAAACAAGAAGCAUCAAUUUAACUCAAAUCCUCUUGCAGAUAACAGCACUCAUGCAUGUACUAAUUGUCACAAUCCUCAGUCACUUGCCCAGUCACAAUCUGCAUCUCAUUUUGAAGGCUGCGUCCUCCAGAGGUCACAUUUGUCAGCCGCAUACGUCAUCAAGGCGGUCCCAUUUUUAAAAAAAGUAACCAUUAGAUUUCAAAGUAAAAAAGAAAUGACAGUAUUUUACACCUCACAAGGAAUUACAGGCAAUUUUGUUACAGUUACUUUUCUUAAAUAAGACAUCCUUGAUGACGUAUGCGGCCUUCAAAUGAGACCUCAGGAGGACACAGUCUCCGAAAUGAGACGCAGCAACAGUCCUCAGUCACCACCGAAUGAGUGUUAUAUUGUGUAUUAUGUGUAUAAAUGUUUUUGGAUAUGUAUUUUACUCUGUGUUGAGUAUUAUUAUUACUCUGUCUCUCUCCCUCACUCUGCUUGCCUUGCAGUUAAUUAACCACUGUCGCUUGUAAGGAGUGUGCUGCAGAUCUACUGCUAUAAGAGAGCAGAGUGAACACUGCUUUAGGAAAGUUCACUUCUCCCCUGUGCCAGACUUGUGUGUUCCUGCAACUGAGUGUAAAAUGAUUUCUGAAGGAUCAUGUGACACUGAAGACUCUUUUAAUAUACUAUUUUAAUAUAUUUUUAUCGAAACCACCAUCAAGUCUUUUGGUGUCUUCAGUGUCACAUGAUCCUUAAGAAAUCAUUUUAAUUCACUGAUUUGAGAAACAUUUCUUCCUAUUAUCAAUGUUUUGCUGCUUAAUAUUUUUAUGGAAAAAUUUUUUCAGGAUUUUUUGAGAAAUAGAAAGUACACUUUAUUUGAAAUAGAAAUCUUUUGUAACACAAAUGUCCCUUUUGAUCAUUGUGUCCUUGCUGAAUAAAAGUAUUAAUUUCUUUAAAAAAAUGUAAAAUAUACAUACACACACAAAUAUAUAUAUAUAAUUUUAAAAUCUUACCCCAAACUUUUGAACAGCAGUGUAUAUAAUAUUGAGAAAAACUUGGUCUCUUACUCAACAGUCAGAAAAGAAACAGCCUUUCACUGAAUAUUCUGUUCUCUCAGUUGUCAAAUGAUUCGCUGCUGCUGCUGGUAUUAACUAAUAUAAAUACACACUGUGCAGUAAUAAACAAUAAUUACUUUUUUAUAAUGAAUAAUCAUCUCAUUUCUUUUCAAAGAUUAACAUUGUUUCUGAAGCACAUGAAGGCUUACUAAUAUUACAGUCAGUUCUGGUAAAUCUGUUGCCUUCAAGUGAUCAUCAGUAUCACAAAGUCAUUCACUUCUCAAGCUACAGUAAACUCAUCAGCAUCCUGGGAUUGAAGUUUCUCCUCCGGGCA